AUGCGACGGCGGACGACGACCGCGACGGCGGGACGGCGACUGUCGCGGGCGGACGCGAUCGAGAUUCGGUCGUACGGCGCGCGCCUGGGGAAUGGAUACGGCUCCGGGCACGAGUUUUCGCUGACGGUGACGCUGCCGGGCGCGCAAAGUUUUGACCUCAUCGUCGACACCGGGUCGCCGCUCACGUAUUUUCCGUGCGUCGGGUGCGACGCGGAGUUGUGCGGGUAUCACGAGCAUCAAUACUACGAUUGGCGGUUGUCGAACGAUUUUCGGCUGUUGAACGCGUCGAUGAACGCCGCGGAUGCCGCGUUUUGCGACGCGAUGCCCGUCGCGCACAACGUCAGCGCCGACGGCGAGUGUUUAUUCGGGCUGGGGUACCUGGACGGUGCGCGAGGAGGCGGGUCCAUGAUCGAAGAUGUGGUCAGCGUCGGGGAUGAAUUGUCCCCGGCCAAGAUGAUUUUCGGGUGCGGUGGUGUCGUAGAAGCUGAUGGGGGGUUUGAUCGACAAGACGGCAUGGCUGGUUUCAGUCGAGGUAACACCGCGUUUCACACGCAGUUGGCGAAAGCCGGAGUUAUCAACGCGCACGUUUUUGGAUUCUGUUCAGAGGGAAGCGGCACGGAUACGGCGAUGUUAUCGCUCGGUCGGUAUGAUUUCGGUCGAGAUCUUGCGCCUCUAUCGUAUACACGGAUACUUGGGGCUGAUGAUCUCGCCGUUCGCACGAUGUCGUGGAAACUCGGCGAAGCCAUCAUCGCGAGCUCGUCGAACGUCUACACCGUUCUUGAUAGCGGCACCACGCUUGUUCUUCUACCCCCCGCUAUGCGAGAUGAUUUUAUCACAAAGUUAGUGGCACAAAUGGCGGCUACCCAUCCAGAACUUGAACUUUUUGACGACGAAGAUUUGGGGCAAAUGUGUUUCUCCUCUGCCACGCCGGUGCUGACGGCGAAGCUUCGCGACGAGUGGUUUCCAAAACUAGCCAUCACGUACGACCCAGAUAUCACGUUGAUCCUUCCAUCAGAGAACUACUUGAACAGUCAUUUAUACAUACCACACACUUACUGCUUGGGAAUCGACGAAUCAGAUGACGGGACGAUUUUACUCGGCCAACAAGCGCUGAGAAACACGUUCAUUGAAUACGACCUUGAGAAUGAUCGCGUCGGUGUGGUCGUCGCGCAGUGCGAAAAUCUCCGGAAGAAGUUCGCGCCUGAUACUCCUCAUAAUCCAUGGAGGUUUGUCGCCACCAUUUUCAUCUUGUUAUUCACGGCAUGCGUUGUUAGCGCGGUGUCGUUCUGUUUGUACGCCAAGUUUGGGGGGCAAAAGCCGUUCAAGUACCGAGUGUUCCAAGUCUCCGAUAUACUCGAUGAAGAGAUAGAGAUGGGUAACGUAGUGGACACGUAA